GGGACAUACCGUGUCAUAUUCCCAGGUGUAUGCCCGUACCCUGAGUUUUUUCUCCGUGGUUGGGCAACAAAUUCGCGAUUUCUUCUGCACACUCGUUUCCAUUUCUCUCUUUUGCUUUCAGGAAUACUUGUGGUUGGUGAUUGAGGUAGAAAAAACAGCGAAAACGUAAAAAAAAUUGUGAAUGGCUGAGCAUUUGGUGGUGAAUAUGAAGCAGCUGCCAAAGCCUGAUGUAGUUGAGCAUAGCCAACCGGUUGCUCAUGCCGUUUUGUGUGGUUCUGCGGGGAAUAAGUCUGAGCUGGUUGGGCCGUCGUCAUUGUCAGCACCGGAGGAUGAGAAAGUGGUAGUGGUGGUGGAGAGUGAGGAUGUAGACGAGGAGGCGCCUCUGAUAGGGAUAGGGGAGUGCAGGAUUUGCCAGGAGGAGGAUUCGGUGAAUAAUUUGGAGACUCCUUGUGCUUGCAGUGGGAGCCUCAAGUAUGCUCACCACAAAUGUGUUCAGCACUGGUGCAACGAGAAAGGAGACAUUACUUGUGAGAUCUGCCAUCAGCCAUAUCAAUCUGGUUAUACUGCUCCUGCACGUCCUCCACCGGAUGAAACUAGCAUUGAUAUCGGGGGUGUCUGGCGAAUCUCAGGCACUCCCCUGGAUAUGCACGACCCUCGGCUGCUGGCCAUUGCUGAGGCUGAGCGCCAGCUUUUUGAAGCCGACUAUGAUGAUUAUAACAGUGCAAGCAACAAUGGCACAACAUUUUGCCGUUCGGCUGCUCUAAUUUUGAUUGGCCUUCUGCUACUGAGACAUGCUCUAUCCAUCACCGAUGAUGGAGAUAGUGAAGGAGACGAUGACGCUUCCACCUUUUUCUCGGUGAGUAUAUUUGCAAAAACUAUGCAUCUAUGUUGUAAUCAUACAAUCUCUAUAUCUUUUUUACUGCAGCUGUUCUUGCUCCGAGCCGUCAGUUUUCUCUUGCCUUGCUACAUCAUGAUCUGGGCCGUAAGUAUCUUGCAGCGCCGCAGGCAAAGACAGGCAAGUACUUCUAUCGCCAAAAUUAAAUCAAGAAAAUCGUGCUACGAGCUCUCUAUUUAUGAAAUUCUUCUAUUUUUCUGGCAUAGGAGGCUGCGGCUCUGGCAGCUGCUCGGUUUGCUAUUGUCGUGCAAGCUGCACAAAGCAGGGGUCUCCUCGUUGCCUCAGCUGCACCCGCAAUCGCUUCACAGGCUACUCCUCACCUCGAACACGCCUGAUUGAUUUAAGUGGGAGUUGUACCUUCUCUUUCAUUUCCUUACAGUGUGUAUAUGCAUAUGUAUGUUUUUAGUCAGAUUGACAUAUAUGAUAAUGCACUUGAAAACCUA